AUGGAUUCUCAGGUUGAGGUCACCGAAGCUUGGAGAAGAUUAGAUAUAGAAACGAUUCUUUUGGUACAAAUCUUCAACGAUAUCACUAUAACCUACGAGUACUGGGAUGUGGUACACUUAUCUGUGGACCGUGGGGAUAAAAACGCUAUUAAGAUCUAUGAGGGAAUGGAGUUUAUCAAGAUUAUUGGUGGGCAUACGCCUCAGUGA